AUGUUUCUUCUCGCCGGAGCACUCAUUUUUUCAACUAUUUUUCAACUUUCCCACGCUCAACAAAUCAUUCAAUUGAGUACAUUCAAAGGAGGAAGUGUGGAUAAUAAAAUCAAUGUCGCACCACCAUAUUCACUAUAUGUUUCUGCUCAUAUGGAUACAAGUAUCGUUCUGAAACAGAUUUAUAUCAAAACAGAGGAUGGUCAGAUGAAAAAUCUUGACGACUUGAAAAAUGCCAAAGCAGACACGAAAUCCGGCCUUUUAACCCCAUUCCAAGUUCAAUCGACUGCUUACAUCUCCUCAGUAUUAGCUGAUAGUCAAAUGGCUGCAUUGGAAGGAUUCAUCUACAUAACCACUGCAAAACAAGCAAAAGAUUUCACUUUCAAAGUCUACGAUGUUGAUGAAGCUCAAGUCAUCAGGACUAGUUUGUUAAUAUGUAAUCCGUGUACCAUUGUAUUCUUGAAUUCGAACACUGGAAUGACUCCAAUCCAGAGUUCUACUAUAAGUACGUGGCGUCAGAGUAAUGAUUCAACUGUGAAACUGUACAGUGGAGUACCGACAGAUCAAGAAGAAGUUCCUUAUUCUCAAAUAUUCGCUAAUCCAAUAGAAACAAUUAACGGACCUGCACAAAUGAUUCCAAUUGUCGAGAAGUUCUCUGUGAGUCUCAGAUCAUUCUAUUUCAAAACCACUUCGGACUUCUACUUUCUUAUCCAACCGUUUUAUGGUUUCAACAGUGGAGUUACUACGACAACUGGCUAUACUUCCACAGGACUCUACAUGAAAUCUCGAACUCAAACUUCUUCUACAUUCACUGUUAUCUGUGUGAGAGAUACUCGUUUUAAUGGAACUACUGGUGCCAAUAUAAUCGGUUCUCUGCCAGUACAAAACGCUAAAGUAACAGUUCAAGAGAACGAUGGAGUGCAAAAGGUCGCAAUGUCUGCAACACCUGCCAAUCAAAUAUUUGGUGUUAGUACGGAUAAAAUCGGACAGAACUUGACUAUUUCUUCUGACAGCUCGGAAGGAGGGGAGUUUUUCGUACAAUACUAUAUUCUCCAAGACCAAGAAAUAUCGUCAACGUACGCUCCAACACAACAGCCGCCAGGAUCAAUUGAGACAACGACGAAAGGAUCUGAUGUUUUAAGUUUAUCUGUUGUGUUAGUUUCUGUGAUACUUUUCACUUGA